AUGGGGGAAGCGGAGAAGUUUCACUACAUCUACAGUUGUGACCUGGACGUCAACGUGCAGCUCAAGAUAGGAAGUUUGGAAGGGAAGAGAGAACAAAAGAGUUAUAAAGCUGUCCUAGAAGACCCAAUGCUGAAGUUUUCAGGACUAUAUCAAGACACCUGUUCUGACCUUUAUGUUACUUGCCAAGCUUUUGCAGAAGGGAAGCCUCUGGCUUUGCCAGUGAGAACAUCCUACAAGGCAUUUAGUACAAGAUGGAACUGGAAUGAAUGGCUCAAGUUGCCCGUGAAGUACCCUGACCUGCCCAGGAAUGCCCAGGUGGCCCUGACCAUAUGGGAUGUAUAUGGACUUCAGAGCACGUCUUUGACCACCCAUGGUGUGGUUGGAGUUGAUGUAUUGGACAGACAUAUAGAUCCCUCUGGAAAGUUGCACAGCCACAGACUUCUCAGCACAGAGUGGGGACUGCCUUCCAUUGUGAAAUCUAUUAUUGGUGCAGCAAGAACCAAAACAUAUGUUCAGGAACAUUCGGUAGUUGAUCCUGUAGAGAGAACAAUGGAACUUAAAUCUACUAAUAUUUCAUUUACAAAUAUGGUUUCAGUAGAUGAGAGACUUAUAUACAAACCACAUUCUCAAGACCCGGAAAAAACUGUUUUGACUCAAGAAGCCAUAAUCACUGUGAAAGGAGUCAGCCUCAGCAGUUACCUGGAAGGGCUGAUGGCAAGUACAAUUUCUUCAAAUGCUAAUAAAGGCCGAGAAGCAAUGGAAUGGGUAAUACAUAAAUUAAAUGCCGAGAUUGAAGAAUUGACGGCUUCAGCAAGAGGAAGCAUAAGGACACCGAUGGCGGCAGCAGCAUUUGUAGAGAAAUGACAGUGAAAAUCGGUGUAUAACAUCAGAUCCCCUGGGUCUUUCCAAGCUGGCUAUAUUUAUUUGUUAUUUAAAAAAAAAAAAACAACUAUAUUUUAGGUGGACUUUUUUGUAAUAAGCUGGAGAACAAGUAUGUGGUUUUUGUUGAAAACAAAGAGAUGCAGGGCUUCUAAGUAAAAGAGACCAGAAGAAAUUUGUGUUAUUUGAAAUGACCAUCCAAUUGUAAGGAUUCCAGUAUUUAUGUUAAAAUUUUACAAUUUUUGAAAAAGUACUUCGAAAUUGGUAUUGGCAUAGUGAUGAAUCUCCUUAAGGUAGAAUUUUGAAGCUUUUCAUGCAUUGGAACUCUACCUGGCUUUGGACCAACCCCAGAGCAAAGCAGAGCCACCUUUUCAUAUACAACCGUGAUUGCCUUACUGCAUUAAACUUCAACAGUUGUUUAACUGUUGAGAACUCACUUUAAAAGGAGAAAUUGUAACUUCCAAAAGCAUGUUAAUUUGUUAAAAAAAAAAAAAAAAAAAAAAAAACUUGCUCUGCUCUAAACCACCAUUAAAAACCACAGUAUUUUGAUUUGGUACGUAAGUGAUAUUUUUGGAAUGAAAAUUAUCACUAAAGUAAUAUAUGACUCCAGCAAAAAUACGAUUUUAUUGUAUUAAAAGAGUACUGUAUUGAUUUGCCAAAUUUUUGUAACUUAGUAAAGAUAUUACCUUCCUUGGA